AUGCCGUCCCCGCACGACGCGAGACGAAGGCUAGCGACGUGUCUCUUGCUGCUGCUGGCGACGUGUCUGACGACGCUGCUGCUGCCACCUGGCGUCGGCGCACAGGACGUCUUCGUGCGAGCGACGACGGGCACGUACCGUGGCGACGUCGUCACGCCGUACGGCGGCGACCGCGUGCAUCGCUUCCUCGGUAUACGGUACGCGAAGUCUCCCGCCGACGAAGAACGGUUCAAGGUUGCUGAGCCCGUCGACACAGGUUCGUCGGAGAACAUCGACGCGACCUCUCGCGGCAGUAGUUGCUGGCAGACGAACAAUGACAGAGUGUUUGACAGCGGACUGAGUUCUUCCAGCUUCAGUGAGGAUUGUCUCUUCCUGAACAUAUGGGCUCCACGGGAGAGCAAUAACGUGCAGCCGACAAUCGUCUGGAUACACGACGGUGCCUUCAGCCGCGGUCCGCUGCACAGUGGCUCCAUCUAUGAAGAAAUCUACCAGGCCGCCGAGAUGGCCGCCUUCAACCAGGUCGUCGUCGUCACCGUCGCCUACCGGCUAGGAGUACUUGGUUUUCUCAGCACGGGCGACGAUGCGGCGACAGGCAACUGGGGCCUCCGAGACCAGUUGGAGGCGCUCUCUUGGAUUCGUGCCAACAUCCGGGCAUUCGGCGGCGACCCGAGUAACGUCGUGCUUGUUGGCGGAACGUCCGUAUCGCUCCACAUGAUGUCGCCACUAUCGCGCG